CGGAAGACUUAAUUUUUGAAUGGCAGCUGAGCUCAGAGCUGGGUUAGUAGGUACGUUUAAAGAUAGAAGGAUGCUUUCUCUAACAUUUCUCAGCUACAAUGGGAGAUGAUAAAACUUGUGAGAUUCAAAACUUUGAAGCUAGUGAUAAAACUAAUGUGCAAUUUGUCUCAAUAACAGCAGGAAAUUUUCCGAAGCGACGAAAGCUUCACUUGGAUCGAGUGGAUUGUUUUUGUCUUGCCAGGACACUUGAAGGUAGUGCCAGUCUCUCAAAUCCCCUUCUGAAUGAUUUAAGAAGAGGCAAAAAUCGACAACAGUUGCUCCCAAUAUACAGAUCCCAUAAGAAGAUGAAUAAAUAUCCAGCUGCAGGCGCCUCUGGCUUUCAAUCAGCUGCUGAAUUUCACAGACAAGAAACUUGUCCGGAGCUGCCCACACCCGAGGGUACAACAACACCGAAAAAGAAUGCAAAGAAGUUUAUACCUUCUCCAAACCAAAGAAGCCUUACUUCAUUUUUUAAGAGCAGUAAAGACAAAAGUAAUGGAGAGAAUUGUGUCACAAAGUCAGCUGAUACGCGUUCCAGUCCAGAGAACAAGUCAUCAGAAAUGCCUUCAACUGCUGCAAUUUACAUCAGUGACACUGACUCUACAAGUAGAUCACCCCAAACCAUGAAAGAUACUCGCCCCUCAAGUAGCCAAAACAGAACACCAUCAAAGAUGUUUUCUCCUAUUAAAUUAAUGGGAAAUUCAUCAUCAAUUUAUGUUGCAGAUACAGAUUCACCCACCUCUAGUCAAAACUCAGACACUGAACAAAAUAGAAAGCAUGUUGAUAAGGUUAAUGUUGUCAAGGCAUUGUUUGAAGGACAGAAGAAUUUAGCCAAGAAAUCUCAGCAAAAGAAGAGGAAGAGAAAUAAUGAAAAGAAAAGCAUUCCCAUCUUGUCCAAGAUUCCAAAAGUUCAGACAUCUUUGCAUUUCACUGAUACUGUGGAAAUGAACUCAUCAGAUGAUGACGUGUUGUGCACUGCUGAAGAGAGACCAGACUCAAAGUAUGGUCUACUAGGACACCAGCCUGCUGAAAGAAUCAAUUACUUUGAUAAACUUCCAGAUGAAUUAUUGCAGAAAAUAUUUUGUCAACUGCCUAUACUGGAUCUUUGUUUGAACUGUAACAGAGUUUGCGUUCGAUGGAAUGAAGUUAUUUCACAAGAGAAGUUUAUGAAGUGGAAGAAAGCCUACUAUAAAAUGAAAAAGGAUAACAGAAAUUCUGAAGUUUCCAAAUCUGCUGUGAGGAAGAUCAUGAGGGAAAAUGGAAUGAUGAAUACAUCAGAGUAUCUUACAGGAGUUAUCAGAUAUUUCAAGUCCUUUUAUUCCUUCCCCGUGUCGGUGUACAAAGACAUAUUGGAGAAGUUACAGCAGCAUAAGAAAUAUGUAUGGGCCAAAUCUCUGAUGAAGGAAAGACUGCCAGAUUUGAUCACAGAUGAGGUUCCUAAUCCUUGGAGUCUAAUUGUUACAUUGGUGGUGAUCUCCGAGACAGUCGCAGACAUACAGGAAGUCAUAAACUGCAUGGCCCGGUCUGCGUGCCUGACAGAGGAAAUCCUGGAGAUGUUGUAUUGCUGUGCAUCCAUAUUGCUGGUGAUGAAAUUUCUGAAAAGAAAUGCUGUUUGGAACGGGAUGCAUUACAGACUGUUCUAUGCUCUGUAUUUAUUUGAGAAUUCGUCCAUUGCUCAUUAUGGAGACCUGAAAGCAUCAAUAAGAGGAGGUCAGCAAAGCAUCACUAAUUACAGUCGAGCAGAUAUGGUUGUGAAAUUAACACAUGAACAACUCCGAAUUGUAAACCAUAAUAUACAGUCUGGAGAAGUAAUCAAGAUCAUCGCUUUUGCAGGCACGGGUAAAACCACGACCCUUAUUCGCUACACACAGAUGCGCCCCAACAUGAAGUUUCUGUUAGUUGUUUACAACAGGUCUGUUUGUGACUAUGCGAAAACAAAGUUUCCCCGGAAUGUUGAAUGCCAAACUGGACAUUCCUUAGCAUUCAAAACAGUCGGUAGAAAAUAUAAUGAUGCUAAAAAGCUGCGUGAUCUGUCGGUGUUCGCAAUCACCCAGAUUUUACCAUCUCGUAAGGGAGACAACCUGUUUAUCCGAGCUAAACUAGUGCUGGACACUCUGAAGAUGUUCUUCUCUUCUGCGGACCAAAGCAUCACCCUGGAGCACACUCCAUCCCAGAGGAUGAAUGAGAAUGGCUUGAAGGUCACCAUUGAAGUUGAAAAACGAAAUGGUUACGUUACGGAUGCUUUGUUUCUCUGGGAAAGGAUGAAGGACCUUAAGAACCCUAAUGUGCCCAUGUCUCACGACGGUUAUCUCAAGCUGUACCAGUUGUAUCGACCCCGACUUCGAAACUACGACUGCAUCCUUAUAGACGAAGCGCAGGACCUCACUCCAGCUUUAUCCGACUUCCUUCUGGGUCAAGAACAAGCCAAGAUACUGGUAGGAGAUCCCCACCAACAAAUCUACUCCUUUAGAGGGGCGGUCAAUGCUCUACAGCAGAUCAGAGCAUCGGUCAUCUUCUAUCUCACACAGUCUUUCCGAUUUGGUCCAGAGAUUGCUCAGGUGGCAGCCUACUGUAUUGAAGAGUUGAAGCAGGAAAAGAAAACUUUGGUGGGAAAUGGAAUCCCAGGUUCUGUGUAUGGAGAAACUAGUGGACAAGUAGCGGUGUUAUGUCGCUGCAACUUUACCGUGUUUUCUGAAGCCGUGAAGAAAUGUUGCUACGAUGGGGAAACUAACAUCAGGGUGGCCUUCGUGGGGGGAACAGAUGGUUUUGGAUUUCCGAUGUUACAAGAUCUUUAUACCCUUAUGUUGUCUCCUGAAGAUCGAACCAAACAAAAACGAACAAUUGAGAACAAAUUAGUGAAGAAGUUUAAAAGUUUUGCAGAGUUUGAACAGUUUGUUUUGAAGACAAAUGACGUGGAGCUAAUGGGGAAAAUCAGAAUUGUAAAAACAUACCACCAUAACCUUCCUGUCACGAUACACAAAAUCCUGGCCCACACAGUGAAAGAUCUCAAUACUGCUGACAUGGUCUUCAGCACCGUCCACAAGGCUAAGGGCUUGGAGUUUAAUACUGUGAAGCUGACAGACGAUUUUAACAUAGGGCAGGACAUUGUACCGGGUGUUUUUAGAGCAGUGCCGCCGACAAGUGCAGAUGAGUAUAACCUUCUGUACGUAGCCGUGACCCGAGCCAAGAGGUCACUCCUGAUGACCCCCACUGUGGUCGACCUCAUGAAGAGGGCAGGGGAGAGGUACGAAUUCCCGAUGUUGAGUUCAUACUUAGUCGGCUCUGGCGUGUCCAUGAAGUGUAAAAAGACGGAUGAGGAGUUCACUCCCUUUGCUCUGACUCUGCUGAAAAAGAAAAUUGUUACAAGUGAGGGAAUUGUGUUUGAGGGAGGGGUGUAUGGACCAAAAAUUCUGGUGGAGAAUGGUCACCAUUUUAGAGCGUUGCUAGGAGACCCCGAUCACAAAGAGACCCAGACGGCGGAUGUGGAAGUGGAGGAUGAAGGCUUACAGAUAGUUUUUGACAUUGGGAUAAUACCACGUGCUGUAUUACCCUUAUGAUGGACAGUGAUUAGUCAGUUUUAGAACAGAGACAUUCUUGACUGCAGAAUGGACUCCAGAAUUUUCUGAAGUGCCAGUAUCAGCUAAACUGAACAAGAAUAACUCUGAUGCAUGGGUUACCAACAGAGUUGUUAACAGUAAUACAUUUGUAUGUUCGUGGACACUUUGUGGAGGAGACGCGGUGUAGACUGAUAAUACAUUUGUAUGUUCGUGGACACUUUGUGGAGGAGAUGCGGUGUAGACUGAUAAUACAUCUGUAUGUUCGUGGACACUUUGUGGAGGAGACGCGGUGUAGACUGAUAAUACAUUUGUAUGUUCGUGAACACUUUGUGGAGGAGACGCGGUGUAGACGAGUAAUACUUGGGUUUUUUUUCAUUAGAGACCAAUCUGGGGACAGUGAUGUAGGAAACACGUGCAAUAAAAUAGUCAGCAUGCCAUUUUGAGUAGAGAUGUGCACAUGACAGACACGUGUUGCUUUGUAUGAUGUGCUGGUGUGAUAAUCAUGAAAAAAAAUUUGUUUGAAUGAAUCUUAAACUUAGA